UUAAAUACCCCAUUCAGAGUCGGCAGAUUCUCCAAUCUACAGGAUGGGGUGUACACUUCUCUCCCUGUCUCUCCUGCUCCUGGUCUCUGGGUCCUACGCCCAAUUUCCUUGUAUACUUAUCACACCGAAUCUGAUGCGUGUGGAGAGUGAGGAGACGAUUGUGAUAGAUGUUCGAAGAAAAAGUACUGCGUUUGAAGCUGAGGUCAUCAUCCAGGACUUCCCUCAGAAGAAACUCAAUCUAGCCAGUGCCAAAGUAUCCCUGAAUAGUAACAAUGGCUUCCUUGCAACGGCCACAAUAAAGAUUCCCUCUGAGGAUUUACCUAAAGAAGAAAGAAACAGGCAGUUUGUGUAUGUCAGUGUGAAAUCUAACGUGUGUACCCUGGAGAAAGUUGUGAUGUUGUCAUUCCACAGUGGCUAUAUCUUCCUUCAGACCGACAAGACUAUCUACACCCCAGGAUCUACAGUUUUAUAUCGGAUUUACUCCAUGAACUACAAGAUGCAACCUAUUUCCAAAACACUCAUCAUCGAAUUUGUGACCCCAGAUGGUGUUGUUGUAAAGAGAUAUUCCAUCUUGCAAAACAGUAAAUCUGGAAUCAUCUCCCAGUCCCACAAACUGCCCGAAUUAUUGAACCUUGGUGUCUGGACUAUCUCAGCAAAGUAUGAGGACACCCCUCAACAGAAUUACAUCACCAACUUUGAGGUGAAAGAAUAUGUGCUGCCCUUAAUGGAAAUCACCCUGAAACCAGACACUAACUACUUCUAUGCUGAUGCUGAGACUUUCGGAAUGGAUAUUCUUGCCCGGUAUCUGUAUGGGAAAAACGUGGAAGGAUAUGCAUUUGUGCUCUUUGGCAUAAGAAAGGACAAUGUAAAGACAGGAAUCACAGAGUCACUGACGAGAGUCAUGAUUGAUGAUGGAGAAGGUCGCGUAGAGCUCAAAAGGAAACACCUAGUGAAGUACUUUGAAAAACCAGAGGAUAUGCUACAAUUCAGCUUGUAUGUGACGGUUUCUGUUUUCUCAGAAAGUGGUAGCGACAUGGUGGAGGCUGAGAUAGAGAAUAUCAAUAUUGUGACAUCACCAUACAAAAUCCUCUUUACCAAAACCUCCAAAUAUUUCAAACCUGGAAUUCCUUUUGAUAUGAUGGUCUAUGUAACCAAUCCUGAUGGUUCUCCUGCUCAUCAUAUCCCUGUGGUGGCUGAGCCAGGAAACAUUGAAGGGACUACUCAAGCAGAUGGAACCACACGGCUGAUACUUAACACACGCAUACAUAUAAACCAUCUGCCCAUAACUGUGAAAACCAAUGACCGAAAUUUGCCUGAUCAGCACCAAGCAACUGCCACCAUGAAUGCUACAGCUUACAGACCCUCAAAAGCGCUCGGGAACUACCUGCACAUCAGCAUUGCUGGGUCAGAGAUAAAACCUGGAGAAAACACCGUGAACUUUCUUAUCCGAAACAGGGACAGGAGUGUUACAACACAAAUAAAACAUUUUACAUAUCUGAUCAUGAGCAGGGGAAGGAUUGUAAAGGUGGGAAGGCAGCAACAUCUGAUUGGUCAGUCUCUGGUCACCAUGUCUCUAGUUGUCAGUGAAGCCCUCAUGCCAUCCUUCCGUAUUGUGGCGUAUUACAUUGUCAGCACUGAUAUAGGACGUGCUGUUGUGUCUGACUCUCUUUGGGUGGAUGUGGUUGAUGACUGCAUGGGCACAUUGUCGGUGACUGGAGAUAAGGACAGGGACAAUGCCAUACAAAGCCCUGGUUCUUCAAUGAAGCUGAAGCUGAUCGCAGACACUGGUGCUUACGUAGGAUUGGUCAUUGUGGAUAAGGAUGUCUAUGUGCUGAACAGUAAAUUUAAGAUCACACAAAAAAAGGUGUGGGAUUUAGUGGAGAAGUCAGACAUUGGCUGUACUCCUGGAAGUGGUGCAAACAGCGAGGGGGUCUUUUCUGAUGCUGGACUUGCUCUAGAGACCUCCUUUGGUAUUAACACAGCUCAAAGAUCAGAGGCUCAUUGUCCAGCUUCAGUACAACGCAAAAAACGCUCAUCUGCUGCGCUCAUUGAGAUUAAAGAAGGUAAAGGUGAGGAAGAUGAUGAAUACUUGUUUGAUUCUGAAAUUGAGUUCAGGACGGAGUUUCCUGAGAGCUGGUUCUGGAAAGUGGAACACAUGGUGAAUACUUCAAGCAAGACCCUAAACCUUUACUUGAAAGAUUCCAUCACCACCUGGGAGGUUCUAGCUGUGAGUUUGUCUGAAACAAAAGGUCUGUGUGUGGCUCAGCCCUAUGAGAUUAAGGUGAUGAAGGAUUUCUAUAUCGACCUGAAACUUCCAUAUUCUGUUGUGAGGAACGAGCAGGUGGAGAUUCGCGCCAUUCUCUACAACUACAGGAAUGACAGAAUUAAGGUGCGUGUGGAGCUUGCCCACAAUCCAGAGUUUUGCAGUCUGUCCACGGCUAAGAAGAGGUACCGGCAGGAGGUUUGGAUUAGAGCCCUCUCCUCCACUGCCGUCCCAUUCAUCAUUGUGCCCCUCACUCUUGGCCAGCAUGACAUAUCAGUGAAUGCAUCUGUUUCAGGACUUUUUGCUUCAGAUGGUGUCCGGAAAAAGCUGAAAGUUGUGCCUGAAGGAAUACGCAUUGCAGAAGAUGUUAAGACUAUAAUUCUAGAGCCAGAAGUUAAAGGGAAAGAUGGAGUACAGGAAGAAAAAGUUAAAGCCCUGAAUCCCAGAAAUAUUGUUCCGCUUACGGAUACUGAAACCAUCAUCACUUUACAAGGAACCCCAAUCAGUCAAAUGGUGGAAGAUGCCAUUGAUGGUAACAACAUGAAUCAUCUGAUUGUGGUGCCCACUGGUUGUGGGGAGCAGAAUAUGAUCACAAUGACUCCAAGUGUCAUUGUCACACGCUAUCUGGAUGCAACUGGGCAGUGGGCUCGAGUUGGAGUGGAGCGCAGAGAAGAAGCCCUGAAAAAUAUGAGACAAGGUUAUGCACAACAAAUGUCUUUCCGCAAACCAGACAAUUCCUAUGCAGCCUGGGAGGACAGACCAGCAAGUACAUGGCUCACGGGCUAUGUUGCUAAAGUCUUUGGAAUGGCUCAGGAAUUUAUUGAUAUCGAGGAUAAUGUGCUCUGUGGCUCCAUCAAAUGGCUUAUACUCGAGAGACAGAGGUCAAGUGGACGGUUCAAGGAGAAUGCACCAGUGCUUGUUCAGGAGAUGGUGGGAGGAAUCACAACAAGAGCAGCAGAGGCAGACUCUUCCCUCACAGCCUUUAUUGUCAUUGCCAUGUUGGAAAGCCAAAAGUCUUGUAAUGAGCCUGUGAACAACCUACAAGUCAGUAUUGAUAAGGCCUCAAGGUACCUGACUGGUCAAUAUCCAGGACUAAAAAAACCCUACUCCAUUGCAAUCACUUCCUAUGCCCUUGCACUGGCCGGGAAGCUUCCAAACACAAAGAAACUGCUGUCUGCAUCUAAAGGUAACACCCACUGGAAGGAGUCAAAGAAACGCUUUAUCUCCCUGGAAGCCACAUCAUACGCCCUCCUAACCCUCUUGAAAAUGAAAGAAUUUAAUCUAACAGGUGGCAUUGUACGUUGGAUCACUGAGCAGAGAUACUACGGAAAAGUUGAAGGCUCUACCCAGGCAACCAUUGUGAUGUUCCAAGCUCUGGCUCAGUACCAGACAGAUAUUCCAAGUGUCAAUGAGUUGAACUUAGAUGUCUCCCUUCAUCUGCCAGGGAGACAACAACCUUUAACCUAUCGUAUCAAUGAUGAAAAUGCUUUGUUGGCACGUUCUGCAGAGACUAGUUUAAACCAAGAUUUUGUGGUAAAAGCUAAAGGCAAGGGACAAGGUACAAUAAGGGUGGUAACAGUGUAUUACGCUCUUGUCACCGAGAAAGAAAAAACAUGCCCUAACUUUGAUCUGUCUGUGAAAGUGAAGGAAGAAGGAAUCGCUAGACGUCCUGAUGGUGCAAGGGCAACAGUGUCUAUAGAAGCCUGUGCAAGGCAUCUCAGCAACGUUGAUGCCACAAUGCCCAUUAUUGAUAUAUCCAUGAUGACUGGCUUUUCUCCUGAUACUGAUUCUCUAGAUAGGCUAAUGAAAGGAGUGGACAAAUAUAUCUCCAAGUAUGAAGUCAAUAAAGGAGCAAAUGACAAGGGAACCCUUAUUCUCUACUUGGAAAAGAUCUCCCACACCGAAGAAGAAUGUGUUAAGUUUUAUGCUCACCAAUACUUUGAAGUGGGUUUCAUCCAACCGGCUUCUGUAACUGUGUAUGACUAUUAUAAUCCAGAUAGUCGCUGCACUAAAUUUUACCAUGUGGAGGAAGGCAGUGCCCUGCUGGGCAGAAUUUGCCAGGGAGAUAUAUGCCGGUGUGCAGAAGAGAACUGUUUGAUGCAGCAGCAAAUUGAGGGUAAUAUCACUGCUGAAAUGAGAGUCAACCUGGCUUGUGCUUCCAGUGUAGAUUUUGUGUACAAGGCUACUCUCACUGAGGUGCAGCACAGCGACAACUUUGUCAACUAUGUUAUGACAAUUAACAAGGUCAUCAAGCAAGGCACAGAUGAGGAUAUUGCGGGCAAGACACGUAAUUUUAUCAGCCAUAUCAAAUGCCAAAAAGCUUUAGCUAUGCAGCUGAACCAAGAUUAUCUGACCUGGGGGGUUACUGGUGACCUCUGGCUGAAACCAGAUGGCUAUUCCUACAUCAUUGGGAAGGACACGUGGAUCGAAUGGUGGCCCAAUGAGAGGGAGUGUCAACAACGUGAGAACCAGGAUAUCUGUAAAGACUUUGAGGCAGUUUCUGACAACCUGGAGAUUGUUGGUUGUCCCAACUGAGGAACUAAGCUUCAGUCCAGAUGCUUCCCAUCAUCCCUCUUCUGUAUGAUGUUUCAUUUUGUAAAUGUUAUUCUUUGCUUUAUAUAUAGUUCCAAUAAAACAUUUAUUUGCUUUA